AUGAACCACACCGACAGUUCAACGGCCGCUGUUGCGACACUAUGCAUCGAGGGCUUUCGCGACUGCAUCAGAUAUCUGGAAGGCAUACACCGGGACCAUUUGCGAACCAAACUUGCCGAUCUAAGACUCUGGGUGGACAGCGUCGGUGCAGCCGCUCAAGGAAGGGCUUCUCUUGACUCGAGACUCCAGCACCGACCCAGUGACAGGCGCUUCAUCAUAGAACUUCUCCUGAUGCUGUAUGGGUUCUUGCGGGAGUGCAUUAGCGCUGCAACAACGAAAGCCGGCGUGCAAGAUAUUCUCACGAAUAUCGAUUCAACUGUGGACAGUCUAGCAUUUAUAGGACUGCAAAUUAGGCGGAGUGGCCGCAAGUCAAGAUUGUUGAAAGCGGAUAGCUCCUUCAUUGAGAAUAAGCACCACUAUCUGGACCUGAGAGCCCAUCUCACAUGCGUUGUUGUGUCAAAACCAACUAUCACAGGACGGCCCGAUGACGAAGGCAAGGAUAUCCAUAGCUUCAGCUACUUUACCAAUCUGGAACUCUCACCAAUCCAAGAGCGUCUUGUCGAAGCCAAUCUGAGACGACGACAUCGGUUUGUCGAAGCUCAGAGACACUCUCUAGGCUUGAAAGCUCCUUCUGGGAACAAUUCCCAUCCCGCGGUCGCUACUGCAUCGUCCGAAACAGAGAGCACAACGGAGGGCAAUAUAGCUACAGCGAUACGGCGCAAACAGGCACACCGUGUUAACGCUGGGGAUAAUGUAUUGACGAUCCCUGCGACAUCUGCCUCAAGGUUGGAUUCUGAAUGGAGAGGGCUUCCACAUGACCGGCAGGGCACCUCAACAGCGACUCGUAUCACGGGCAUCACAGCCGCCUCAAUGUAUCCCAAAGCACGGCGUUCGCAAAACCCGGAUCAGAAGAUGGUGAAAUGUCCCUGCUGCUGUCAGGCCAUUCCGACGAGUGAGUUGCAAGACAGCCAAUGGAGGAAACACGUUGCCAACGAUCUGUGCCCUUAUACUUGUGUGCUUGAGAACUGUCCAACCCCUUACAGUCUCUUCGUAACCAGGAAAGAAUGGAGCGAUCACGUCAUUAAUGACCAUCCGCCUUGCUGGCAGUGCCCCUGCUGUGAAGGCGACCCUCCGAUUUUCUCGUCGGUCUCAGAAAUCACAACCCAUUUCGUUUCUGAUCAUGACUUUGUCGGUUCCGAUGAACUUGAGGAGUUGCUAAGUAAAGCAGAAGUCAGCAUCAUGGGAAUUACACAAUGUCCGUUGUGUGACUCUGCGGGACCACGAGACUCUCCAGACUUGGUUGAACAUGUUCUUGAGCAUGUUCAUGAUUUCUCUCUCCGAUCCCUCCCGUGGCCAGAUCGUCAACCUGUCACAUUAACUAGAUCUGCGGGGUCCUUCGACUUCAGUCGCGCAAUCAACCUUAUAGAAGACGACGAAGGCAAUACUCACGUCUUCAACAUCGCCGAAUGGGCAGAAGGCGUGGCUCCUGUCUUCGACCGCGAUCGGAGGAUACACAUCGUCAAUGGCCCUCAAGGUCAGGAGCUUUUCUUAAGCACUGACGAGUCGCCCAGCAUGUCAGCAAUGGACAGUGAGGUGUCACUGCACCUCUGCGACCUGGACAAGAAUCCGCCUCGGCUCAUUGAGGACGAGCUUAGGUUGCCAGUCUACCCCACCCAGGACUAUUUCUCUCAUAAUGAGUAUUUUGUUGAUGACUCUAGCAACGGAUACUUCCCCACACAGAACUCAUACAUGUCCCAGAAGAUGCGAGGCCAUCUCAAAUCCAGGAGAAGACGUAGCAUGAGGAAUUGGUGUUGUCCUCUUUGUCUAUCUCAGGGCACCACUGGCGAGAAUGGUUUCUAUCAGCACAUGGAACAUGAUCACCCCGAAGCCGAAGAAACGGAAGAAGACAGGCUGGAAGAAUGGAAGCGUACUAUGCUGCAUGAGGCUCUCUGGAACGUCACGGAGGUGUCAUCAGCAGCGAGUAUCCCUAUUGACGCAACUGGUUCCCAGUCUCACAGCAGAACGAGUGCAGCAGAUCCGGAUGAAUCGAAACGCGAUAGUUAUACAGAGAAUACCGCUAACACUGCAGAUAAGCAGCAAGGCCAAACGCCCGAUCCUUUAGUUCAUCUAGAAAAGUCCAAAUUGCAAGAAGCUCCCGCGUUCAGCAAUCCAGUCGGCGGGGCCCAACGGCCAGAUAAUACUGAGCUUCCAAAGAAGAAGUCGAUAAACGAUUUUGUGAUCCUCGAAGAAAUGGGGCAAGGCGCUUAUGCCGAGGUCAAACUCGCUCGAUACAAGCAAGACACUUCGACAAAGGUUAUUCUAAAAUACAUCAAGAAGUCUCGAAUCCUUGUGGAUACGUGGACCCGGGACCGGAGGCUUGGCACUGUCCCUCUCGAGAUCCACGUCCUAGACUACCUCCGACGACCUGAACUCAAACAUCCAAAAAUUGUUGAGAUGAUUGAUUUCUUCGAAGACGAAGUGAACUAUUACAUUGAGAUGGUACCCCACGGCAUACCUGGGAUCGAUCUUUUCGAUUAUGUGGAGCUUCGUGCGAACAUGCAUGAACGGGAAUGCCGGAAUAUCUUUUUGCAAGCCGCAGAAGCUGUAUACCACUUGCAUGUUGUUGCACAAGUCGUACACCGUGACAUAAAGGAUGAGAACUUUAUCUUGGACGGCGAAGGGAAUCUUCAACUCAUCGAUUUCGGAAGCGCGGCCUACGUAAAAACCGGGCCAUUUGACGUCUUUGUGGGUACUAUUGACUAUGCGACCCCCGAAGUUCUACAUGGGAAAUCCUACAACGGCAAAGAGCAAGAUAUAUGGGCAUUAGGGAUUGUCUUGUACAUCCUUCUUUACAAGGAAAAUCCAUUCUACAGCGUCGACGAAAUUAUGGACCGUGACCUGCGAGUGCCAUUCAUCAUCAGUGAUGAGAGUAUUGAUCUCGUCCGAUGUAUGCUCAACCGGGACCACAGUCAAAGAUACGAUAUCCAACAGGUCCUUGACCACCCUUGGUGUAAGAUGCAUUCAGAGGCAGAGAGCAGUGCAUAG